AUGACUACUCUAGUGGGGGAGACGAAGAAGGGGCAGGAGUCCGAAAGGUCUAAGAGGGCCUGGUGGAAGCAUGCUGUCGUUUACCAGAUUUACCCCUCCAGUUUUAACGAUUCCAAUGGCGAUGGCAUUGGUGAUAUCCCUGGUAUUAUUGAGAAAUUGGAUUAUCUGAAGAAACUCGGCAUCGAUGUUCUCUGGCUUUCCCCCAUUUAUUGCUCCCCCAUGAAGGACAUGGGCUAUGACAUCUCCGAUUACAGGAGAGUGGAUCCCAGAUAUGGCACUCUUGAGGAUGUAGAGACACUGGUGAAAGAAGCGAGGAAGAGGUCUAUCAAAAUUGUGAUGGACUUGGUCGUUAACCACAGCUCUGAUGAGCAUGGAUGGUUUAAAGAGUCUAGAAAGUCCAAGACCAAUCCAAAGAGAGAUUAUUACAUCUGGAGACAGCCAAAGUUUGACGCAAAGGGGAAAAGACUGCCCCCUAAUAAUUGGGUUUCCGUGUUCGGAGGAAGUGCCUGGACAUAUGAUGAAACAACAGGGGAAUACUAUCUCCACCUCUUCACAUCUUCCCAGCCAGACCUUAACUGGGAAUCGCCGGUACUUCGGCGAGAAGUAUACAGUAUUAUGAGCUUCUGGCUUGAGAGACGGAUCGCCGGUUUCCGCAUGGAUGUCAUAAACCUCAUCAGCAAGACUCCAGAACUACCCGAUGCACCCGUCACCGAUCCGAAAGAGGAAUGCCAAGAUGGGUCAAUGUAUUUCGCAAAUGGCCCCCGCCUGCACGAGUUUCUGCAGGAGAUGAGGAGGGAAGUUUUAGAUAAGUUUGAUACCAUCACCAUUGGCGAGAUGCCUUUCGUUACCGACCCUCAGGAGGUGCUUAAGUGCGUUAAGGGAAGAAGGGAACUAGAUAUGGUCUUCCAAUUUGACAUCGUCGAGGUGGACUCCGUGCCAGGCCAAAAAAAGUUUUACCCGCACAGGUGGAAGCUCGCAGACCUCAAGGCCGUCGUGGACAAGUGGCAAACGUUCAUGAUAAACAACGAUGGUUGGAACGCAGUCUAUGAUGAGAACCACGACCAACCUCGCUCAGUCUUUCGCUACGUCGAUAGAAGUGUUGUUGAAAGGAGCUUUCAGGCCAGGGAAAUGGCGGCCAAAAUGUUGGCGACUUUCCUAGUCUUGCAGAGCGGUACUUUGUUCCUUUACCAAGGACAGGAAAUAGGAAUGGGCAAUGUGCCGAGGGAAUGGGGUAUCGAGGAAUACAAGGACGUUGAAGGUUUGAACUUCUGGAAUAAAUUAUUGGAGGAGAGAGAGGGCGACUUGAGCAAGAUGAAGGAUGCCAUGGAGGCUCUUCAGUCGAAGGCCAGAGAUAAUGCUCGAACUCCGGUUCAGUGGGAUUCCAGCCCUCAAGCAGGAUUCACCACCGGUAGUCCUUGGAUGAGGGUGAAUGAUGACUACGAGGAAUGGAAUGUCGCAGCACAAAUUGACUCUCCGUCCAGUGUGUACAAUUACUACACGAAGCUGCUCGGCCUCCGUCGGGAUCACAAGAACAUUAUCGUCUAUGGGGGUUUCGAAAUGCUUUCUCAUAGUCAUGAGAAGGUCUUCGCGUAUAAGCGCUACGGCUAUCACGGUCCAGACGUCGGUAAGGCUGCCGUUGUCGUAGUCAUGAACUUUACCGGUGAAGCAGAAGUAGAGUGGGACCUGAAAGAGGGGAAAUUUGGGAAAGAGGGGUUGUUGCAAAAACCUGAAGUAAUAAUCGGAACCUACGGCGAUGGGAAGGUCACUGUGAAGGACGGAAUCGUUCGCCUAAGGCCGUUCGAAGCUGUGGUUUUCUGGGGCGACUUUGUCGAUUUCAGCAGGGGUGGAGGACAAGGCCCCAACUGCGUUGUUUCUUGAAUUGGGUUUACCGAUGGUAUCGAUUUAUUUUGAAUUUUGUGUUUCUGCUUUACGAUUUAA